CCGAAAAGGAAAACGAAAGGAAGAGAAAAGAAAAGAAAACAGCACACGUUAAGGAAACAAACCCGGAGAAGAAAAAAAAAAAAAAAAAACUCAACUAAUGGUUUGAUUCUUCACAACAGAACAGAGGGAAAGAAGUAAGAGGAGUAGACGGGAAGAGGCUUCAAUUCUCCGAUUCUCUCACUCUUUUCUUUUUUUUGCUGGGUUUUAGCUUCUCCCCCAUUUCGUGUUCGAUUUUUCUGUGUGCAUAUUUUGAAGUCCUUUUUCCUCCACCGGCGGGGGUUGAUUGGUAGGAGGACCAAGAAAUUUCUGUCCUUCUCCCUCCCGCUUCCGUUUCAAAACUCUCACCCCCUACCGCAAGCUUUCUUCUGUAAAUUUGCUCUAGCUUUUGAGAGGUUGUAGAAGGACGAAGAGACGGGCAGUCUGAAAGCUGAGCACUAGCUCAGCACUCUCGUGCUCGGCUGCUGGAUGGUUUGCAGCGGGAGGCCGCGGCAGUAGAUCGAGGAGCUGCUUAGAGUUUCUAGAUCUGAUUAGCUCCGCUUGGAAAUGGCUGCUAGUGUUAGUCUGGCUGUUGGGUCCCUUGUUUGGGUGGAGGAUCCUGACACAGCCUGGAUUGAUGGUGAAGUCGUGGAGAUCAAGGGUGAAGAUAUUAAGGUCCUCUGCACAUCAGGAAAAACAGUUGCUGUCAAGGCUUCCAAUGUGUAUCAUGUAGACACUGAAGCCCCACCAUGCGGUGUGGAUGAUAUGACAAGACUAUCUUACUUGCAUGAACCCGGAGUCUUGCAGAAUCUCAGAUCUAGAUAUGAUAUGAAUGAAAUUUAUACCUACACUGGGAGUAUAUUGAUAGCUGUGAAUCCAUUUAUGAGGCUACCACAUCUCUAUGAUAUCCAUAUGAUGGCGCAAUAUAAAGGUGCAGCCUUUGGCGAGCUGAGUCCACAUCCUUUUGCAGUUGCAGAUGCCGCAUACAGACAGAUGAUACAUGAAGGGAUCAGUCAGUCAAUUUUAGUCAGUGGUGAGAGUGGUGCUGGUAAAACAGAAAGUACAAAAUUGCUCAUGCGGUAUCUUGCUUACAUGGGAGGAAGAGCUGCUACAGAGGGAAGGACUGUCGAACAACAAGUUCUUGAGUCAAAUCCUGUGUUGGAAGCAUUUGGUAAUGCCAAGACUGUUAGAAACAACAACUCAAGUCGUUUUGGUAAGUUCGUCGAGAUUCAGUUUGACCAGAAGGGAAGGAUUUCCGGAGCUGCAGUCAGAACUUAUUUGCUGGAAAGGUCACGUGUUUGUCAGGUUUCUGAUCCUGAGAGAAAUUAUCACUGUUUCUACAUGCUUUGUGCUGCACCGCCUGAGGAGGUUCAAAAGUACAAAUUGGGAAACCCAAGAACUUUCCACUAUCUGAAUCAAUCAAACUGCUAUGAACUGGACGGGGUUGAUGAUUCUAAGGAGUAUAUUGAUACUAGAAGGGCGAUGGAGAUUGUUGGCAUAAGUAACGACGAGCAGGAUGCUAUAUUUCGAGUUGUGGCUGCAAUUCUUCAUCUUGGGAACAUCGAAUUUGCAAAAGGGAAGGAGAUGGACUCGUCACUGCCCAAAGAUGAGAAAUCUCACUUCCACCUGACAACUGCAUCCGAGUUGUUGAUGUGUGAUGUGAAGGCUCUAGAAGACUCUCUUUGUAAGCGUGUGAUUGUGACUCGGGAUGAAACGAUCACAAAGUGGCUAGACCCAGAAUCUGCAGUUCUUAGCAGAGAUGCUCUGGCUAAAACUCUGUAUUCAAGGUUGUUUGAUUGGAUUGUGGACAAGAUUAAUAAUUCAAUCGGGCAGGACCCUAACUCAAAGGUCUUAAUUGGAGUGCUGGAUAUCUAUGGAUUCGAGAGUUUCAAGACAAACAGUUUUGAGCAAUUUUGCAUCAAUUUGACCAAUGAGAAGCUUCAGCAACAUUUCAAUCAGCAUGUUUUUAAAAUGGAGCAAGAAGAAUAUACCAAAGAAGAAAUUGAUUGGAGCUACAUUGAGUUUGUUGAUAAUCAAGAUAUUCUAGAUCUUAUUGAAAAGAAACCCGGCGGUAUAAUUGCUCUUCUGGAUGAAGCUUGUAUGUUUCCAAGAUCAACGAAUGAAACAUUUGCGCAGAAGUUGUAUCAGACAUUUAACAAUCAUAAGAGGUUCAGCAAGCCAAAACUAGCACGAAGUGACUUCACUAUUCACCACUAUGCUGGCGAUGUUACAUACCAAACAGAGUUGUUCCUGGACAAGAAUAAGGAUUAUGUUGUUGCUGAACAUCAGGGGCUCUUGAAUGCUUCGACCUGUCCCUUUGUUGCCAGCUUGUUCCCACCUUCACCUGAAGAAUCCUCCAAUAAAUCAAAGUUUUCUUCAAUAGGUUCCCGUUUUAAGCAACAAUUGGUAUCUUUGCUUGAAACCCUCAGCUCAACAGAGCCACAUUAUAUUCGUUGUGUGAAGCCCAAUAAUCUACUCAAACCAGCUAUCUUUGAGAGCAAGAAUGUUCUUCAGCAACUGCGUUGUGGGGGUGUUAUGGAAGCAAUUAGGAUUAGUUGUGCUGGGUAUCCCACUAGAAAGCCAUUUGAUGAAUUUGUUGAUCGGUUUGGUAUUCUAGCACCUGAAGUAUUAGAUGGAAGGAAUGAUGAAGUUACUGCAUGCAAGAAGCUUAUGGAGAAGGUCAGGCUUGACGGCUAUCAGAUUGGUAAGACAAAGGUUUUUCUCCGGGCUGGUCAAAUGGCAGAACUAGAUGCUCGCAGGACUGAAGUAUUAGGAAGAUCAGCAAGCAUCAUUCAGAGGAAGGUCCGUGCUUAUCUGUCUCGAAGAACAUUUAUCCUCAUCCGCCGCUCUGCUGUACAAAUUCAAGCUGCAUGCAGAGGGCAGCUUGCUCGGGUGCUUUAUGAGAGCAUGCGAAGAAAGGCUGCUUGUCUCAGGAUCCAAACGGACUUGCGCAUGUAUGUUGCAAGAAAAGCUUACAGAGAAAUAUGUUUUUCUGCUAUUUCCAUUCAAGCUGGAAUUCGUGGGAUGGCUGCCCGUGAAGACUUAAGAUUCAGAAGGCAGACAAGAGCGGCAAUCAUAAUUCAGGCAAGAACAUUUGAGCAGUAAAACACUAAGUUCAAAUAGUUCAUAAAAGCAGUUUCACCAAUUGUUGCAAUGUAGGGCACAUAUAGGAAUAACAGGAUUUCGUAAACCUAUUUUUAUUAUUUAUUUGCUCCUGUCCAUCAUAUUUUUUUGUGUGUGUAGAAGUUGACCUUUGUCUUCCUGUACUCAGAGUCAUUGUCGCAGAUACUUGGCCUGGUUGCAGUACACUAGAUUGAAGAAAGCAGCAAUUACAACACAGUGCGCAUGGAGAGGAAGAAUUGCUCGUAAGGAACUGAGAACACUUAAGAUGGUAAUAUAUUUCCCUCCUUGACUAAUUUUGUUUGUGCUAAUGGGGUUGUUCAGUGAUUUUAAUUUCAUGAUCGAUCCUUUAUUAUCUGUCACUGCAUUGAAUGAAGGGGUCACUUCAUGCUGAACAUGACAUGCUCAUUCUUUUUCUGUGCAAAGAGAGAUUAUACUGCUUGUUGUAACUUGGAAGCCGUUUGGUAGUCCAUGCUGUUGUCUGGUUGAACUCCAUUUGAGGAGCCUGAGCUACUGCAUAAGUUAACAUUUAUGUAAUUUGCAAACGUUAUUUCUAUUUGGGACUGUAUGUGUUAUUACUUCUCCUUGUUAAGCAGUUCAAGGCAUUGCUUUUCUUUGCCUCUUUCCUGUGCUAAAUUUGGACAUCCUUUGAACUUUUGUUUCAGGCUGCUAGAGAGACUGGAGCACUUCAGGCAGCCAAGAAUAAGUUGGAAAAGCAAGUUGAAGAGUUGACCUGGAGACUUCAGCUGGAGAAACGCAUGAGGGUAUGUACCAUUACCACUUUCUCUGUAAAAGCUCUUAACUAUGCCAGUUCAUUAAAAUUCUGAAAGCUACUUUGUUAGUCAUGACCUUUUUGAUGUUUGGCUCACUCGGUCUUGCGAUCCAUGGAAUAUUUACGAUUCAUGGAACAUAGAAGCAUGGAACGUCAUACGAACGGAUAUGUACAUUACAUAAUUUAGGUGCAUUUUUUUUUUAAAGUGACUCAUAUGGUUCUUUUAAAAAAAUCAUUUUUAUCCCUUUAUCAAUUAAUUAACUUAAAUAAA